AUGAUUAAUGAACCGUAUGCUGUACAUGGUCAUGGCGUCUUCGUUACUCUUGGAAUUCUGGAUAGCCAGUACGACCCUUCGAUGAGCGUCGACAGUGCCUUUCAACUUCAGGAAAAUUGCGUCCUCAAGCUGAAAAAACGAUUUGUUGUUAACAACGAUCAGUUCUCUGUUCGCGUCGUGAAAAAGGAAGGAAUCAAACACCUUCCUACCCUGCUAAUUAAUUUGUCAGUUUCCCCAUAA